GGGACGUCGGACCGCACAAGCAUCUCACCAGGAGGACAAUGUUUCCUCCGCCGCCGCCCAUCAUCCGUGCUGUCAUGGUCUUCCAAAGUCAUGCAAAAGGAUCCCCAAAACGCGAGGACGGCAUUGUGUUCGGCCGUUAAACCUGUGUAGAAGAUCCGAACUUUAAACGGAGUGAUUUUAUAGACCCAAACCAACCGGGAGUGGAAGUUCUCACUGGACAGAUGCUGAAAAUGGCGACAAGGCUCCUGCAGCUCCUAGCCCUGUGGACAGCUGUAAUUGGCAUUGUGCAGUGUUGCCCUGAGUCCUGCAGCUGCCUGGACAAAUUUGACCAACAGUUUGCUGAAUGUACUUACAAAAACCUGCAACUGGUGCCCGUGGGUCUACCCUCGAACGUGACCACCCUAAGUCUCUCUGCCAAUAAGAUCAAAUUACUGAAAGUUAAAAGCUUCGUCAAUGUCACCCAGCUUACCUCUCUCUGGUUGGCCAGCAAUGAGAUAGUCACCAUCGAGACCAACACCUUGGCCCCGCUGAUCCAGCUGCGCAACCUGGAUAUCAGCUACAACAAAAUUGUAAAUUUUCCAUGGGAGGAUUUGCACAACCUUACAGCCUUGCAGCUUCUGAAAAUGAACAACAAUGAAAUGGUUAACCUCCCCAAGGAUGCCUUUUCAACUCUCAAAGACCUGAGGUCACUACGCAUUAACAACAACCGGUUCACCACCAUCGCAGAGGGUACCUUCAGUGCCCUCGUUUCCAUGUCCCACCUUCAGAUCUUUAAAAACCCAUUCACCUGCUCUUGUGGCCUGGAAUGGCUCCGGGAAUGGAUCGCAACAACCAAGAUCUCGGUCCCUGAGCAGAAUUCCAUUUUGUGUGAGACCCCUCAACACCUGGCGGGUACGUUGGUCACAAAGAUGCCCAAACUGGACUGUAAAGCCCCAAGUGUCUCUAUAACAUACCAGCCCAACAUUGAAAACACGGAGCUUUAUGAGGGCUUCAUGGUCAUCUUAAACUGUGAGGCCAAAGGAAGCCCCAAACCAGAAGUCAGCUGGGAGGUGAGGGCAGGAAACCAAGAGUUGCAGUUUAGCUUACCUCUCAUUGGUGAGAAAAAUGAUUCACCCAUCAGUGAUAAAACAACCAACCCUCAGUUUCUCAUCUUUCAAAAUGGCACCCUGAUUAUUCCCCGGAUGAGUAAAAAAGAAGAUGGAAACUAUAGUUGCUCUGCAGUCAAUGAGUUGGGUAGAGCAGAGGGCAGUGUUCGUGUGGCAUUGGCUGGCACCCAAAAACAUGCCACCAACUCGGUGCUUGAUUUUACGGUGGGCAAGACUCUACCAUCUGUUACCAAACCCGUAGGUCCCAAGACCUCAACGAACAAUGUGAUUAACUGGCCCAAGUCGGAAGAAAAGCCCAAGAGCAAUUCAUCAGGUACAACCGACAAACAUACGCCUGGGGGCACUUCACAAGAGCUGCCAUUUACGGGGAAGUGUGGGGUGAGCGAUGGCAGCGAGUACAUCUCCAAUCACGCCUUCAACCUGAGCCUGAGUGAUUUCAAGCAAUACACCUCUGAUUUUGGUGUCAUUGCGUUGGAAGUGUCGGAGACGGAGGCCAGGGUACAGCUCAAUCCCAGGCAGCUCCCCAACAGCAAGACCAACCUCCACCUGAGCCAAACGCCAAACCUAGACACGGUGGUGAAAGAGCUUUUCAAAGUGCACCAACCCGAAAGCAGAAAGGCUCCUCUGGACAUGCUAUACCUCUGUGUGCACACCAGCAACGGACACUCGGUGGUCCAGUGGUCCAAGAUAGAGGAAGGGGUCAAUGCGUAUCGCUUCCACGGUCUGCAGCCCGGUACCAACUACACUCUCUGUCUUACCUACGGGGGUCAGGACUGCCAAGUUCAAGUUGUCUUUACCACGAGAAAGAAAAUCCCCUCUUUGCUGAUAAUCGUGGUGGUCAGCACGUUCCUUCUGGUUUUGGCUACCGUCCCCUUGCUGGGGGCCACCUGCUGCCAUUUGCUGUACAAGUAUCAGGGAAAGACGUACAAGCUGAUCAUGAAGGCUCAGAAUCCGGAUCAGGCGGAGAAACAAAUGGCGGGAGGCUUUGAUGCUCGCGCGUCUUUCGCGGAGUCCGACAAGAACUUCAACCCCAGCGAGCUGGGCGAGGGGGAGGGGGAGGGGGAGGCCGACGGCGAGGGGGAGGCGGAGGGAAGCGUGAUCACCGACUCCAUCCCCGGGUCCUCGUCCAAAACCAACCAGGAGGAGUUUGAGGCGGGGUCGGAGUACAGCGACAGGUUGCCGCUGGGGGCCGAGGCGGUGAACAUCUCCGAGGAGAUCAACGGAAACUACAAGCAGCCGAGCCGCUGAGGCCGCCGAGGCGGAGACGUCAGGCGGGCGCAGCCGUUGUAAAAUAGUCCCUUAUAGCGGGUACUAGCCACGAGGGAGGGGGUGGGGGGGGUCGAUGGGGUGUAGUUUAUUUUUUACCUCAUAAACAUCAUAGCUCAUUUUCAGAUCCAAAACAACAACAGACAAAAAAAAAACCAAACAAGUGACGGAGUUUAUGACAUUCUUCGGGUAUAAAACAGCAGUUUUCUACAGUUCGUCAGACCUUAGAGCGGUCCGGUGGGGGUGGGGGGUGGGGGGUCAACAACGCCUCCUGUUGCGGGUGAACUCAGCCUCCGCGGCGCUCUCCCCGGGGCGGCGCUGGACAACGUCGCGUACGGGUUUAGACGGCGGAUGACCGGCGUCGGGCGCCGCCGCGUGUUUUGUUUCUGCAUCGGGUGACCCCCCCGCCCCGCCCCGCCCCCCCCCCUCGCUUGUGUACGGACAGAUGUUGUAAAUGUAAUGUGGGCUUUUCAGAUGUGCGGCUUUCCCUUCUUAUUCUCUCUCUCUCUCUAUAUGUAUAUAUAGAUAUACCCGACAGGUGCUUGCUCAACGCCCUCUGUGGCUUCCCUCCCGCGCGUUCUUCUUCUUCUUCUUCUUCUUCUCCUCUUCCGGGAGAGUCGUCCGAGGCAUGUCGCGCGUGGUACCGCCGUGUGUGUGUGUGUGUGUGUGUGUGUGUGUGUGUGUGUGUGUGUGGGGGGUCAUUAGUGUAGUCUAGGGCUGUAGAUAUCAGUGUCGAGCCGUGAUGUGUAAGCCAUGUGACUUUUAAGUCUUUUAUUUUUUAUUUUUUUUACCAAAGUGAAAUAAUUCGUUUUGUGAGCCGUCGACAAAAGGACGCGGGCUCGAGCGCUUAUAGAGAUUAAACUGUCCUGUAAUUUUAGUGACGUUUCUCGUGAGUUGUUGUUACAAAAAAAAAAAAAAAAAAAAAGAAAGAAAAAAAAACACACACAAUCCUCGUGAUCUUUUAAGAUUUUUUGAUAUGAUUUUCUGUACGUGGAGUUAAU